AUGGAGUCUUCCAAGACCUUCAUGAGACACCUGCCGAUCACACCAGGCUACAGUGGCUUUGUGCCCUACUUUGGCUGCCAGGGCACCUCCAGCGAGGACAACAUGUCCCACUGUCUGAAAGUCUUCCAGGAGAACACACAGCGGUAUAAAGACCAGCUGGAGGAAUUUCGCCGCUCGGUGGCCACUGCCCCGAAAUUGAAGCCCAUCUGCUUGGAGGAGACAGUCCUGCGGACGCUGCACCAGUACUACUGGCAAUACCACCCCUUGAGUCUGGAAUGCAAGUACAUAAAGAAACCUCUCCAGGAGCCCCCCAUCCCCGGCUGGGCGGGCUACCUGCCAAGAGCCAGGGUCACUGAAUUAGGCUGCGCUGUGCGGUACAACGUCAUGGCCAGAAACUGCUACAGGGACUUCCUGGACAUCGUGGAGCAGGCCAAGAGAGCACACCUGAAACCACAUGAGGAAAUAUAUGGAGUUAGAGCCACACCACCUCCUCCAAAAAUUUUGCUGCACGAAGGGCUGCUGCCGAAAUAUCCGGAUUUCUCUAUUCCAGGUUCUAGGUGUCCUACCCUUGGAAGAGCCCUGAUGGAGGACCCCAGACCUUCAGUGACGUGUGGCUGUACGCAGAGGCCAAAUGUGUCGUGCAACGGGCAGAUUUAUCUAGAGCCACUGUCUUCAGGAAAGGAUGUGGAUGGGUAG